AGGAGAGGUUAGAGUCCGUGCGAGCUGGCGGAAAGCUGCAGAAGGACACACAUCCGUCAUCCACAGCGGCGGGGAAUGUGGCAAAAGGGCCUUUGGGUGGCGAGGCCAAAGAUGUCGUACAUGCACAGCCAGGGGCAGAAGGGCGGGAUACUGAGGCGUUAGAUGGGCCGGCCGCAAGAGGGAAAAGGAGGGCGCGAAGGCAUAAGCGUGGUGAGCAUAAGGAGAUGCUGAGAGCAGAGCACGAGAGGCGCGCCAGUAUACCUGUGCUCGGACCACAUAUGGCGAAAGGUGGGACGCGGACAGACCGCACAGUUGCCGAUGAUAAGAUGCCUGGCUCAGAAUUGGGAGACGGAGAGCAGCAGGGUGAGCGACCACCAGCAGCGGAUAGUCAACGAGAAGAUGACUCUGUGGUGCAAACAAUGUCACAAGGGCCGACAGAGCUUGUUGGGCAUAUGGGGACGGAUAGGAAUGCGGAGAGGGCGGCGGGGCUGAAGAAAUACGACGAGGACCGAAAGAGGUUAGAGGAGGAGGAGCAGAGGGAACAAGCCGAAUUCGAACGCCGCAAACGAGAACGGGAAGCCAAGAGGCGGGCAUGUGACGAGCAAUUGGCUAGUCUACAAGCCGCCAACGAAGCGCGCAUCGCGCCCUACCCGUCGUGGCCCCUUUGUCGCCCAUCCCGGCCCCUGUAG